UCGAAAAGCGAAAAGAAUAAUUGUCCAAAAUUCUGAUUCCAGGAGGAGGCCACGUCAGCUGAAAAUUAGAAUCAUCCACACAAAACACGGGCCUUUCCCUUCUCUAUCUCCCGAUCGAGUCUCGACACCCUUUUUGCUUUUCGUGGCGGUGGCGAUGGCGAUGAUGGGUCAAUGAAGCUGAAACUUCUUUCGUAUUAGUAAUGGCUUUCAUCAAUCUCAAUUAUUCCCCAAUUCCUCUCUCCCGUUUACAACAGUACAAUGAUGCGAAUCCGAUUAUUACAGCAAAUGGGUGCAACGAUGUUUUGUUUUCGAGUAUUUGUACAAGAAGGACAGGUUUGAGUUUCAAGGGUGUUGGUAAAGUUAGAGCUGCUUUGGUGUCUGGAGAAGGGGAUGUCUUAUCUUAUUCUAAUGGUAAUGGAGUUGUUCCUGGGAAGACUGGUUUUGUCCAUGAGCUUGUUGGUCAGCAAACUGGGAUUGAGAUUCAACCUGAUGCUAUUGGUUUCGGGACACUUGCGGGCGAAAUAACUCCUAUGACUAGUGGUUUCUUUGCUGAUGAAUACGACCUGGACCGUCCUGCAGAGGGAUUUGCUUCCAUCCUGGAAGCCGUUGAAGAUAUUCGUCAAGGAAAGUUGGUGAUUGUUGUAGAUGAUGAAGAUAGAGAAAAUGAGGGUGAUCUGAUAAUGGCAGCAUCAUUGGCAACUCCUGAGGCAAUGGCCUUUAUUGUCAAGCAUGGAACUGGAAUUGUUUGUGUGAGCAUGAAAACUGAAAACUUGGAGAGGUUGGAGCUACCAUUAAUGGUAACCCAGAAGGAGAAUGAGGAGAAACUUUGUACAGCAUUCACUGUAUCAGUGGAUGCAAAGCAUUGUACAACAACAGGUGUCUCUGCUCGUGAUAGGGCUGCAACAGUACUGGCUUUGGCGUCUAAAGAUUCAAAACCUGAAGAUUUCAAUCGCCCAGGUCAUAUCUUUCCCCUGAAGUACAGGGAGGGAGGGGUUCUGAAAAGAGCUGGGCACACUGAAGCUUCUGUUGAUCUUGCUGUAUUAGCUGGGCUAGAACCUGUGGCAGUUUUAUGUGAGAUUGUGGACAAUGAUGGCUCAAUGGCUAGGUUGCCAAAGCUUCGUGAAUUUGCACAGGCAGAAAAAUUGAAGAUUAUUUCUAUCGCCGAUCUAAUCAGAUAUAGAAGGAAAAGAGAUAGGCUGGUGGAGCUGGCUGCUGCCGCAUUGAUACCCACAAUGUGGGGCCCAUUUAAAGCAUACUGUUAUAGGUCAUUGCUAGAUGGCAUUGAGCACAUUGCGAUGGUUAAGGGUGAAAUCGGUGAUGGCCAAGAUAUUCUUGUGAGGGUACAUUCUGAGUGCCUCACCGGUGACAUAUUUGGGUCGGCCAGAUGUGACUGUGGGAACCAGCUGGCACUAGCAAUGAAGCAAAUUGAGACAGCUGGGCAGGGUGUAUUAGUGUAUCUUCGUGGACAUGAAGGUAGAGGGAUUGGUUUGGGUCACAAGCUUCGUGCUUACAACCUACAAGAUGAUGGACGUGAUACGGUUGAGGUCAAUGAGGAGCUGGGGUUACCUGUUGAUGCUCGGGAAUAUGGCAUUGGUGCACAGAUACUACGAGAUCUUGGUGUCCAUACAAUGAGGCUGAUGACAAACAAUCCUGCAAAGUAUGUUGGGCUUAAAGGUUAUGGUUUGGCCAUUGCCGGCAGGGUUCCAUUAUUGACCCCGAUAACUAAAGAUAACAAAAGAUACUUGGAAACGAAACGAGCAAAAAUGGGGCAUAUCCGAGAUAUAAGGAGGUCUGUUUUCCUGUCCUGGUGUUUUGAGUUGGUAAUUCAUUUAGGUCUGCUGGGACAACAACAAUGCUUUGACUUUGGAAUGAAAUUUUGAUUUAUUAUUCAAUUUAAAAUUUCACACUAAUAAGGAACUUAAUCAUACCAAAGAUCCUGGUUUAGCAGUAGCAAAUGUAUUCCAUGUAAUGCUUUUUUAUUUAUUUU